UCGCCACUUUUUCUCGAGUAUCUCCUCCAGGAACAAAUUUCAACAAUGAGUGGUCGUGGUAAAACCGGAGGCAAGGCCAGAGCUAAGGCCAAGACUCGCUCCUCCCGUGCCGGGCUCCAGUUCCCAGUGGGCCGUGUCCACAGGCUGCUGCGUAAGGGUAACUAUGCAGAGCGUGUCGGUGCAGGCGCCCCGGUCUACCUGGCUGCUGUGCUAGAAUAUCUGACGGCUGAGAUCCUGGAGCUGGCUGGAAACGCCGCCCGCGACAACAAGAAGACUAGGAUCAUCCCCCGUCAUCUGCAGCUGGCUGUUCGCAACGACGAGGAGCUGAACAAGCUUCUGGGUGGAGUCACUAUCGCUCAGGGUGGUGUGCUACCCAACAUCCAGGCUGUGCUGCUGCCCAAGAAGACCGAGAAGCCCGCCAAGACCAAGAUUUACUCUAGAAAGUAUUUGAAAAUGAGUGGUCGAGGAAAAACCGGAGGCAAAGCCAGAGCCAAGGCUAAGACCCGCUCCUCCCGUGCCGGACUCCAGUUCCCAGUGGGUCGUGUUCACAGGCUGCUGCGCAAAGGAAACUAUGCGGAACGUGUCGGUGCCGGCGCUCCCGUCUAUCUGGCGGCUGUGUUGGAGUACCUGACCGCUGAGAUCCUGGAGCUGGCUGGUAACGCUGCUCGCGACAACAAGAAGACCAGGAUUAUUCCCCGUCACCUGCAGCUGGCUGUCCGCAACGACGAGGAGCUCAACAAGCUGCUGGGUGGUGUCACCAUCGCUCAGGGUGGUGUGCUGCCCAACAUCCAGGCUGUGCUGCUGCCUAAGAAGACCGAGAAGCCCGCCAAGACCAAGUAAUUCUGCUGGCUCUCCACCAACCCCACAACGGCUCUUUUAAGAGCCACACACUUACUCAAAGGGCUUGCUCCCCAGUU